GUAGUUAACUCUUGUCGCUUCACAGCAAGAAGGUUCUGGGUUCGAACUUCAGAACGGGAGUGAGGGGGGAUGGUGGUCCGUACUCCAUGCCAGUUGGUAACAGUUCUUUGCCAGCUGCCGAUAAACCUCAAAGAAGAAAGAAUAGAGGGUCAUUGGCCAGGUCAGGGAGCAUCGUAAGUGCUGGGUGUGUGAGAGAGUGGAAAAAACAAACCACGGCCGGCUCUUCUAUCCAUCCUGCUUUCCGGUGGCUGCUCCCUGGACAGUAAACUGGACUACAUCAGACAUGCUGCUUAGCAGGAGUUUAUUCAGCGAGACGGGCUUGCCUCGAUUCAUUUCGUGCCAACAGAGAUGCAUCUCUCUGCAACUUACCCAAGACCGGCAGUGGUGGACACACUGAACCAAAGAUGCCUACAUGUCCCAGAAAUGGUGUGGAGGAUGUGUCGGAGGAUGAGGAGAGCCAGCUCUGCCCCAUCUGUCUGAACCCCCCGAGGCCUGUAGAGCGCGCUGUACCAGACACCUGCAACCACGUCUACUGUCUCGGCUGCAUCCUGCGCUGGGCUCAGAUGCUGCAGAUCUGUCCGGUGGACCGCAGGCCUUUCAGCUCAGUCUGUACACAGGACCCUCUUCUGGGAUAUAUCGAGAUUCCUCUAAAAGCAUCCAGCACAUCGGACACUUCUGUAUGUAACUCUAAAGACAAUGAAGCACUGGAAAGCUUUUCAAUAGCGGGGAAAACCAAAAAGGAGGAGAAAAGAGCCAGUGCUGAACUGACCUGUAAAAUAUGUGAUACUGGUUCCUCUGCACUAAAAAAGGUUGAAGGGGAGACGUGCCGCUCACAGCUGCUCACUCAGCACAGCGAGCAUGGACUUUCAGCCCAGCCUGGGGAGACACUCGGCAUACUCUCCCAAGUCAACACAGAGACAGCAGUGAUUCCUGAGGAUGAGAUGAUGAAUGACGACUGGAGAGUGUACUGGAGAAAUACAAUAGAACACCAGUGGCUGCCUGUUUCUAUACCACGUCCCUCUACGUGUAUCCCAAGCCUUCUGUCUAGGCAAUGUCCCCGUGCUGUUCUCCAACAGCCCAUAAUGCGUUCCUCUCCAUGUUUACUAGGAUCUGGUUUUCCUGUUAUUUAUGGAAAGGUUUGUGCAGUCACGUGUCCCAAGGGCGAGGGGAGAAACAGUAAAAGGGGAUCCGGAUCGAAGAGCUCUGUCAACCAGGUCGAGAAUCAUACAACGCUCUCAUCCCAAAAAAGCAAAAGUGGGAAUGAGGAUACUUUAUCUGGGCAGUCUCCCCAGUCUGACUUUGGCUCCUCCUCUCCUGCUGACAGUGCUUCAAAUGACAUGCCUGCUUCUACAAGUAAGCAAAAACUUGCUAGCAAACAAAAGUCUACUACAAGGAGGAAAGGAAGCAGGAAGAAAGCGGUCACUCGACAAGCAGUGGUUGAAAAUGAGGAAUGCAGCGAAGAGGAUAAGCAGACGAGUCAAGAGGAACCUGAUGUUGAUAUGGAGGAGUUAACGUCGGGGACAACACGGGAGAGCAAAGAAGACCAAGGUUCCUGUCAAGGGGAUGUCGAUGAAGCUUCAGAUUCUGUUGAUCAGGGUGAAGAGGAACAAACAAUGACCACUAAGUGUCAAGUGGAGAGUGAAAACACUUCACCUCUCACCAUAAACCAAGGUGAUGAGGAAGGAGAGAAUGCAGGCCAGCCAAAGGAUAAUCAGACCUCAUCUCAGGAGGAUUGUUCUGCACAGGACACACCAGAGAGUCAAUCAGUAGUGUGUCUCGAAAAUGAUUACCAUCAGUCCUCUGCUCCAUCUGCUGAGCAGAUGAUGCUAGAGGGACCUAGCAACACAUCCGAGUCCUUAGUGAGCAAUGAUAAUUUGACUACUGCACCCGUGAGCUCUUCAGAGGUAACUGAGCAUAACCCUGAAGCUGAAGUAGAGUCAGGUGAGUGUGGAAAUAUAACCAGUGAAGCAUGUCAACUUCCUGUGCCGGACAGCAUCUCCACUCUCAAUACAGUUGGAGACUGUUUGCAAGUUCAAGGCACUUCAGAAACUGCAGAUAUGAAACAAGAGGAGUCUUUCAAUGUCAGUAGUCAGCAGGACAACACAGAGUCUAUACCUAUGGACUGUGACUCUCCUGCUUCAGAGAACACUUCCCUUGCUGCUGAAAUGGUGCUGGAGAUCAACAGUGCUGUUGCUGAACCCCAGAUCUUAUCUGCUGACCAAAUCAUUAUUCAGGACAGAGAGCAGAAGAUUGAGGUACCUGAUAAGUGUGAACCAGCCAAGAGCCAGACCUCUUCGGACAGGAGAGAUGGUCGGCAACGCAAGUCUCGAUUCCACUCCCCUACAACCACCUGGUCCCCUAAAAGUGAGUCCAGAAAUGAAGGAUCACGGAGGUCACGGUCCAGGGAGCGUAGUCGCAAUGCUGGUUCACCACACAGAAGUCGAGGUCGUGAGCACGAAGAGGAACGAGGUGGCUUCAGACGGAAUCGCAGCAGAGAGAGACGGAGCAGGAGACGCUCUCGAAGCUGGUCCAGGUCUCGCUCCAGAUCACGAUCCAGAUCACGCUCAAGAUCCAGAAACAGGCCAAAUCAGAGAGGCAUGUCUUCAGAACGCAGCGAUCAAAGGGCACAGUCACCACGAAAGAGAGACUCUUGGGGAGGGGAAAGCUGGAGAUCUGGGCGUCCCUUUCUCAACUCCAACAGAAGAAGCAAUCCAGAACCGUUUCCAGCAAGAGAGUUCAACUCUUCAGGUAACGGCAGCCUCUAUCCGCCGGAGAGAUCACCAGACAGAGGUCAGUCAGAAAACUCACAGCGGAUAAAGGAAAGGUCAUGGGUUAAUACUGAUUGCAGGGAACGGGAUCAGUACUUGGAGGAGAAAUCUGGUGAUGUACCCACAGACUAUUGGCCUCGAGGGGGCUGGGGCUCUGAACAAGGACGUCCUGCAGGACGGGGUCGGGCCAGUCAGUGGUCCUAUGGCCAGUAUGUUGAGUCGGCAGAUAACUGGCAGCAGCAGCGCAGCUCUUUCUCAGGGACAACGAACAAUACAGGAAGUGAGUCUUACGGUCAGUUCAAUGAUAACAGAGCAGGAGGGAAAAGAAGAGAGCACGAGACCUAUGAUUCACUUCUGGACCGGUCAGGAUGGUCUGCUGCUUCCAGCUGGGCAGUGCGCCGAACCCUCCCUGCUGAUGUACAGAACUACUACUCGCGAAGAGAAAGAGGACCUGGGCCAGGUGGCAGCAUCUGGAACAAACAAGAGGAUGAGCAGCCUGCAGCUGGAGUUUCCAAACAAACUGAUCUCCCACAGAGUGAGCCAAACAUCCACAUACCCAACGAAGCAGUACCUCCCCCUCCCAGUGUGCUUCCUCACCCGAUUAAUGUGCUCGGAGUGCUGCGCUACCCAUUGGGUUCUAUGGGACCUCGAGGCCCUUCUGUGGCUGUACAGCCAGCCCCGUUUGCCAUUCCCACCCAGAUACCGGUCCACCUGCAUCCACCUGGCCCCCCUCUUCAGAUACACACAAUGGCUGUGCAGGGGCUCCCACCACCACCUCCACCACCUCCUCCUGUACAGCAGGGCAGCCUCACCGUCUUGCCCACUGAUCCACUGCCUCAGGUGAUUACAAGUGUGCCAGGAAAAGGUCCUGUGAAGGCGUCGCCAAGCAAGGCUGCAGUGUCACAGGCUCAUCUUACCAACACACCCAAUGUAGCACAGCCAUCUUCAACCACACAGCCCUCAUCUCACAGCAGAGCUCAUGCAGACAGUUCCAAGAAGGAGAAGAAAUUACAAAUUCAGGAAAAAGCCAUCACUGAAGUGAAAGCAGCCAUCAAGCCAUAUUACCAAAAGAAGGAUAUCACCAAGGAGGAGUACAAAGAGAUUGUACGCAAAGCUGUAGAAAAAGUCUGCCACAGCAAGAGCGGAGAAGUCGACGCCAGUAAAGUGGCCAACCUCGUCAAAGCAUACGUUGACAAGUACAAACACAUUCGCAAGAACAAAACAGAUAAGAACUGAGGGAGACGCCACUCUGCUGCCCGCACAAGUGCAAUUCCUCCACAGGAGCCUGUGUUCCACCGGCCGUUACAACUGGAGCUUCUUUUCAUAUCUGAGAACAGUAAUGAUUUUUCUAUAGAUUACAUUAUUUUUGUUUAAUUUGGAUUUCAUAUAGUGCAAACUGCCCUUUAAUUGCUUUUUGUUCUGCUGGGGCUGCUGUAAACAUUCGCUGAGGGGUGGAUCUCACAGUCCACACUUUACUCUUAAAAUAAAAUAAAGUCGUCCUUUUUUUUGGGGGAUAAUUUCUGGCUGUUUUCCAGUCUGUGGCAUUGCUGUAAGUGACUCAUCAAAUGAAGAGUGGUACUUCUCCAUCUUGCUUGUCCUCCUUCCAUCUGUUUUGUUCACACAGUGUCAAGGACUUUUAAUGAUGUAAUAAUUCAUUCAUUCUUUAGUUUUUCUACUCGGCGUAAUCAAGAAAUGUCCAUUGACGGUGGGUUGUUUUUUUUUUUUUGGUGCCAUCAGUGCAGCUGGAGAUUUGUUUUUAUGUGAAUCUUGGACAUUAGGUGCAGGGAGCCUGUGCACAGAUUUUUUCAAUUAAAAUAUGAACAGAGCUGUUUUAAGUGGGUUAAUGCCCCUCAUAGUGCUUUCUGUAUCACACAAAUGUAUUUAUUUACCUCCCAGAGUAAAAAAAAAAAAAUUCAAUAAAAACAAGCUCUCGGUU